AUGUCCAACUUCAUUUUAUACUAUGGCCGCAGAGGCGAAUUUGUCCGCUAUAGCGUGCGCUCGAAAAAGCCUUUGGAAUACUCAUUUAAAUUGUCACCUCACAGUACUAUACGUAAAAAUGGAUUCAAUGCGUGGUGUUUGUGGGAAAUAGGGCUGCCUCAAGUCAUAGCAAUUGCACGAAUUUUCAUGAGGUUAAGAAAUACACAAAAAGCAUCACCAAUGAAAUAUUUCAAUCAUAAUACAGCAUUUCCUGAGCAAUUUGAUACUGGAAUGUCUCAUAAUUAUAAUGGUUUGAAAAACAUCAACGAAGUAUGGAAAAAAAUGAUGCUCGAAAUGGUUCCGUACAAAGAUCAGGGGAUAUUUAAACUCAAAACAGUUGACGAUAUCACUCAAGCAUUAGAAGAUCAUCAGAUUCAGUUAUCCGCCAUGAAAUCCACGAGAUUUGUUGAACCUUUUGCGGUAGAAGUGGAUUAUUGGGAAAGAGCACUAUCUGACGUAAAUGAGAUAUUGGACGCAGUUCUCUUGGUACAACGAAGCUACAUGUAUCUCGAUAAUAUAUUUUACUCGGAAGAUAUCAGAAAACAACUACCCAAAGAGACGGACGACUUUGACAAGAUAACUGUGACGUGGAUAGAAGUCAGCGGGCGCAUAGCAGCUAACGGGCUUGCUUUGAAAGCAACACGCGACCCACCUGAUCUCUUGAAUAGAUUGAACAAACUGAAUGAUGAAUUAGAUGGAAUUCAACAUGCUCUUGAUACAUAUCUAGAAACAAAACGACAUGUUUUUCCGAGGUUCUAUUUUAUAUCAAAUGAUGAUCUCCUUGAAAUUCUGGCAAACUCUAAGAAGCCUGAACUAAUUCAACCGCACGUCAAGAAGUUAUUUGAAAAUAUUAAGUCUCUGAAAAUUGCCAAGCAACAUCUGACGAAUAAACAAGCUAUUGAAGGCAUGACUUCAUCCGAAGGCGAGUAUGUUGAGUUUUUGUCCACUACGACACUGGAGGGACCAGUGGAAAUAUGGUUAUGCGAAGUCGAAACAGCUAUGCGGCUUUGUCUUAGAGAAGUAUUACGACAAUGUCGGAUAGCUUUAAGAAAAAUGUUGGCGAAACGUGAUAGGUGGGUCAAGGAAUGGCCCGGUCAACCUGGGAUCACUUCGACUCAAAUUCAAUGGACCACUGACUGUACACGAACACUUUUACAUUGCAAAUUACUUGAAUCCAAGAAACCAUUGAAAAGACUAAAGAAAAAACAAAAUCAAGUACUGACAAAGUAUUCUGAGGCCGUUCGUGGAAAUCUGAAUAAACUGCAACGUUUGAAGUUGAAAGCAUUAGUUGUAAUAGAAAUCCAUGCCAGGGAUGUGAUUGAAAAAAUGUACAAAAUGAACUGUAUGGAUGUCUCCGCAUUUGAAUGGCUCUCUCAACUACGUUUUUACUGGGAUCGAGAUAUUGAUGAUUGCAUAGUUCGUCAGACAAACACGUCUUUCGUUUACGGAUACGAAUAUCUCGGAAAUUCCGAACGCCUUGUCAUCACUCCGUUAACUGAUCGUUGUUAUAUAACCUUGACAACUGCGCUGCAUCUUCACCGUGGUGGUAGUCCAAAGGGCCCAGCAGGGACCGGAAAAACUGAAACAGUAAAGGACUUGGGUAAAGCCUUAGGAUUCAAUGUGAUAGUACAAAACUGCUCCGAAGGCUUGGAUUACAAGAGCAUGGGUCGACAAUUUUCUGGACUCUCCCAAACAGGAGCUUGGGGUUGCUUCGAUGAAUUUAAUAGAAUAAAUAUAGAAGUGCUUUCUGUUGUGGCACAACAGAUACUGUCAAUAUUAACUGCUCUGGCACAAAAAUUAGUACGCUUUACAUUCGAAGGAAGUGAAAUUAGUCUUGUACAUACUUGUGGAAUAUUCAUUACAAUGAAUCCUGGUUAUGCCGGACGCACCGAACUUCCAGAUAAUCUUAAAUCCAUGUUUCGCCCAAUAUCUAUGAUGGUGCCAGAUAGCAGCAUGAUUGCUGAAAUCAACCUGUUUGGUGAAGGUUUUCAAAAUACGCGUGUUUUGGCUAAAAAAGUAUUUACUCUGUACACCUUAGCUCAACAACAACUCAGCAAACAAUUCCACUAUGAUUUUGGUCUGCGAGGAAUAGUGACGUUAACUCGCUAUGCUGGAAAAAAAAGAAGAUUGUAUCCAAAUCUCCCAGAUGAAGAGGUUAUCAUUUUGGCUAUGAAAGAUAUGAAUAUUGCGAAACUGACCACAGAUGAUCUACCACUCUUCAUCGGAAUUACCUCAGAUCUAUUCCCUGGUGUUGAAGUUCCAAGUGUAGAUUAUGAAAAAUUAAUAAGUGAUAUUACUGCCCAGAUACUGCAAUUGAAACUACAGGUCAUUCCAAUUACAAUUACAAAAGUUAUUGAACUUUACGAAACAAAAAAUUCUCGACAUUCCACCAUGAUCGUCGGACAAUCGAAUACAGCCAAGUCAGUGACAUGGAAGCUGCUAAAGAACACUUUGUCACAAAUGAAAAAAGAUGGGAAGUCUGGUGCCAAUCUUGUGUUUGAGUAUCCAAUCAACCCAAAAGCUUCAAGUCUUGGUGAGUUGUACGGAGAAUACAACCUGUUGACUGGUGAAUGGUCUGACGGUGUGAUAUCUUCGAUCAUGCGGAAGACAUGUGCAGAGGAUACUCCAGAUGAGAAAUGGAUACUUUUUGAUGGUCCUGUUGAUGCUGUUUGGAUCGAAAAUAUGAAUAGUGUGAUGGAUGAUAACAAGAUCCUUACACUUGUCAACAAUGAUCGAAUCACGAUGCCCGAACAAGUAUCACUGUUGUUUGAAGUCCAAGACUUAGCUGUAGCAUCGCCGGCAACAGUGUCAAGAGCUGGAAUGGUUUAUAAUGAUUAUAAAGAUCUCGGAUGGCGUCCGUAUGUAGCCUCAUGGAUGCAGCAAUACGAAGACAAACCGGAGUAUCAAGAAGAGUUAAACCAGUUGAUGGAUCGUUUCGUGGAUUCGACGUUGAACUUCAAGCGUUCGAAAUGCGAAGAAACUGUGCCUGUACCAGAGUUGAAUUUGGUUCAAUCUCUCUGUAAGCUUUUAGAAGUAUUAGCCACGCCGAAAAAUGGUGUGGAAAUGGGUGAAGACCCUGAUGCUUACAGUACUGUGUGCAAAAUGUGGUUCUUAUUUUGUAUGAUAUGGUCACUUUGCGCUACAGUAAAUGAGGAUGGUCGACAAAAAAUGGACAAUUUUGUAAGAGAAAUGGAAGGGAGUUUUCCAGUAAGAGAUACAGUAUAUGAAUAUUACGUCGAUGUUCGACAACGCGGUUUCGUUUGUUGGGAAGACCGACUCUCUCCAACAUGGAAGUAUCUGACAGGGAUUCCCUUUCACAAAAUCGUAGUUCCUACGGUGGACACAGCUCGAUAUGAUUAUAUAGUGAGCAUGCUGUUAUCGCACGGGUUUCCUGUCCUCCUUGUUGGGCCGGUGGGCACAGGGAAAACAUCUACAGCUCAAUCUGUACUUGAAGCCUUAAACCCGAGAAAGUAUUCGUUGUUGACCGUCAAUAUGUCUGCGCAAACAACUUCGAACAAUGUCCAGGAAGCUAUAGAAUGUAAGGUUGAAAAACGAACGAAAGGUGUGUACGUUCCAUUCGCUGACAAGACUAUGAUCACAUUUAUGGAUGACUUCAAUAUGCCAAUGAAAGAAAUCUAUGGUUCUCAGCCUCCCUUGGAAUUGAUACGUCAGUGGAUAGGAUACGGAUUUUGGUACGAUCGACAAAAGCAAACUCGAAAAUACAUUCGAAAGAUGCAAUUAUUGGCUGCAAUGGGACCACCCGGAGGUGGUCGUAAUUCUAUCACAAAUCGGUUACUCACUAAGUUCAAUGUGAUUAAUAUGACAUUUCCGGCAGAAAAGCAGAUAAUUCGCAUUUAUGGCACAAUGCUGAAUCAGCAACUACAUGAAUUCCACAAUGAGGUCAAAUCACUGGCAAGUGACAUAACAUCUGCGACCAUUGAUAUGUAUACCAAUGUCAUUCAAAAGAUGUUACCUACACCAGCAAAAAUGCACUACUUAUUCAACCUGCGAGACAUAUCCAAGAUUUUCCAAGGUUUACUGCGCAGUCACAAAGAUUAUCAGUAUUCAAAGCAAACAUUCUUACGCUUGUGGAUUCAUGAGGCAUUCAGAGUAUUUUACGAUCGACUGAUUGAUGAAAGAGACGGAGAGUGGUUCAUAAAUGAACUCAACGAGCAACUGGGUAAACGUUUCGAGCUAACGUUUGGGAAUUUGUGCCACGAUAAACGAAGCCCCGUAUUCGGAGGAUUUAUGAAUGCAUGGGAUAUCUAUGAAGACUUGUUGGAUUUGGGUGCCGUGCGAACUCACAUAGAGAACCAAAUGGACGAAUAUAACGCUUCACCCGGAAUAGUUCGUCUGGAUUUGGUAUUAUUCCGUGACGCUAUAGAGCAUAUUUGUCGGAUCGUACGUGUAAUAUCUCAGCCUCGUGGAAAUAUGCUUCUAAUCGGUAUCGGUGGAAGUGGAAGACAAUCUUUGGCUCGUGUUGCGGCAUAUAUGUGUGAACUGACCACUUUUCAAGUGGAAAUUACAAAAAAUUACAGAGUUGGAGAAUUUCGAGAAGAUUUGAAGACCUUGUACACUCUAGUAGGCGUUGAGAAUAAAUCCACCAGCUUUCUUUUCAAUGAUACCCAAGUGUCGGAAGAACAGUUUCUGGACAUCAUCAACAACAUGUUGAGUACGGGAGAGGUAGCAAAUCUGUAUAAAUCAGACGAAAUGGAAAAUAUUAAAAGCAGACUUUCGAAGGAGGCAAUAAAAGCUGGUUAUCUGCCAACGACAGAAGCUGUGUAUCUGUAUCUGAUUGAGAGAGUACGAGCCAAUAUGCAUAUUGUCUUAUGUAUGAGUCCAAUCGGCAGUGCAUUUAGAAACAGAUUACGGCAAUAUCCAUCUCUGAUCAAUUGUACUACUAUCGAUUGGUUCCUUGAGUGGCCCAGAGAUGCAUUACUUGAAGUUGCUAACAAAUUUCUGAAAGACUUCAACCUCAUUCGUACCAUCACUGGCGAGGACAGAGUGGUAAUAAGAAAUAGUUUGCCAAUUUUACGAACCGUGACGACAGUGCAUCAUGGAAUCGCAUCAGCCUUCUCUUUAAUCCACAAUUCGGUAUCCCAAUUCUCCAAACGAAUGGCAGAUGAAAUGAAACGCUAUAACUACGUGACUUCUACAAAUUAUCUGGAGCUGGUAGCAGGAUAUAAAGAAAUGUUGGUGGAAAAGCAGGGAGAGCUUGCCGAACAGUCUAAUAAACUUCGAAAUGGCCUGUUUAAAAUUGAUGAUACCCGUACAAAAGUGACCGAAAUGGCAGCGGCACUUGAAAUAACUCAGGAGCAGGUUCUCACUUCUACAAAAGAGUGUGAGGAGUUCUUAGUGGCAAUAGUGAAUCAACGACGGGAUGCUGAUGAGACUCAAAAAGCUGUUACGGCGAAAUCCAUUCGGAUAACAGAAGAGUCAGAAGAAUGUAAGAAACUCGAAGCAAUUGCUCGGGCCGAUCUUGCUACAGUGGAACCAGCCCUUGCUGAAGCAAUGAAGGCACUCGAUGCCUUGAACAAGAAGGAUUUAUCGGAAAUAAAAUCAUUUACUCGGCCACCUGCAAAAGUAGAAAUGGUGAUGGAAGCUGUUAUGAUAUUGAAGUGUUCCGAACCGUCGUGGGCUGAAUCUAAAAGGCAACUUGGGGAUGUGAAUUUCUUGAACACGUUGCGAGAUUUUGAUAAGGAUCACAUAUCAGACAAGACAUUGAAAACGAUAGGCCGAUACACAGCUAAUCCAGAUUUCGACCCCAUAAAAGUGGGAAUUGUAUCUGUUGCUGCUAAAUCGUUGUGUAUGUGGGUCAUAGCCAUGGAAAAAUAUGGAAAACUUUACAGAAUUGUAGCGCCUAAAAGAGAAAAACUGGAAUCUGCAUUAGAGUCUUUGCGACAAAAAGAAUCCGCAUUGGCUGAGGCAAAGGCUCAGUUGCAAAAAUUACGUGAAGAAUUAGACGUCUUACAACAAACUUAUGAUCAAAAAAUGAAGGAAAAAGAAGAUCUCAUCACUCAGGCUGAGUUGCUGAAAUUAAAACUGGAACGGGCCGCUAUGCUGGUGGAUGGUCUCUCUGGAGAACGUAUCCGAUGGCAGGAAACAGUGCUCAUUCUGGAAAAAUUAUUUGAUCGGCUUCCUGGCGAUUGCCUCAUAUCAACGGCAUUCAUAUCAUAUUUAGGGCCAUUUGUUUCUAAUUAUCGAGAAGAUCUAGUUGGCAUGUGGAUGGAAGAGGUCAUAGAGAUGGAAAUUCCCCAUUCUUCUACGUUGGAUAUUAAAGAUUUUCUUACUGAUCCCACAACGAUUCGAGAGUGGAAUAUUCAAGGGCUGCCGUCUGAUGACUUCAGUACUGAGAACGGGAUUAUAAUUACCAAAGGUGGACGUUGGCCUCUUGUCAUUGACCCACAAAGUCAAGCAGUCAAAUGGAUCAAGAAUAUGGAAUCAAGAAAUGACUUGAAAGUGAUUGACUUCGGCCAGCUUGACUUCAUGAAGACUCUAGAACAGGCAAUUCAAUUUGGGGACCCAAUCUUACUUCAAAAUGUUGGAGAAAUUUUGGAUCCAGCUUUGAAUCCCAUACUUCAAAAAGCUUUCAUCAAAUCAGGUGAUUCCAUCAUGAUCAAGUUCAACGAUAAAAUAAUCAACUACAAUAACAAGUUCAGAUUGAUUAUUACUACGAAACUUCCAAAUCCUCAUUACGCUCCUGAAGUAUCAACCAAAACUACAUUAUGCAACUUUGCUAUUAAAGAACAAGGUUUGGAAGCUCAGCUCUUAGGAAUUGUCGUGAGAAAAGAAAAACCACAAUUAGAAGAACAAAAGGAUAACCUUGUGAUAACAAUAGCUGCUGGAAAACGCACUCUCAAGGAUCUCGAAGAUAAAAUUCUCUCGCUACUGGGAAUCUCGUCUGGAUCAUUGCUUGAUGAUUUGGAUCUGUUAAAUACGUUACAAGUUUCCAAAGUGACAUCAAUAUCUGUUCAACAAUCAUUAGUCACUUCAGAAGAAACAGAGGUAGAGAUAGAUGCAGCACGAGAAGGAUAUCGUCCAUGUUCAAAGCGAGCAGCUAUACUGUUUUUCAUUCUCAAUGAUAUGAGUCACAUCGAUCCAAUGUACCAAUUUUCUCUGGACGCAUACAUUUUUCUAUUUAUGGUUUCCAUCGAUAAAAGUCAAAAAAGCCCUAAGUUGGCUGAUCGGAUUAGUAUUUUGAACGAAUACCAUACAUAUGCAUUAUACAGGAACACUUGCCGAGGUCUUUUUGAACAACACAAGUUAUUAUUUUCGUUCAGUACGUGCAUCAAAAUUUUGGAUGCUCAAGGAAAAGUUAUGCAGGGUGAAUACGCUUUCUUAUUGAAAGGAGGUAUCGUUGUCGACAAAGAAAAUCAACCUGAUAAGCCUGUAACAUGGUUAACUGAUGAAUCUUGGGAUAACAUCACUGAGCUGGAUAAGAUUCCAGGAUUUCAUGGUGUGGCGGUAUCCUUCGAACAAUUCCCAAGGGAAUGGCAUAAUUGGUAUAUGAACGCUGAGCCAGAAACCGCUCCACUGGUAGGGGAUUGGGACGACACUUGCAAUGAGUUCCAACGAAUGUUAUUCGUACGGAGUUGUCGUUCCGAUAGAAUUUCGUUUUGCAUUACAUCAUUCAUUGUGAAUAAUCUUGGGCAACGAUUUGUGGAACCACCCGUACUUGAUAUGAAGGCAGUGCUGGAAGAUUCCACUGCGCAAACUCCAUUGAUUUUUGUCUUAUCUCCUGGCGUUGAUCCAACCAGUACUUUAAUGCAACUUGCUGAUAACCAGGACAUGUCCGCCAAAUUCAUGACAUUGUCACUAGGCCAAGGCCAGGCACCCAUCGCAACGAAAAUGAUACAACUUGGUGCCCUAGAAGGAGCCUGGGUGUUUCUAGCGAAUUGUCAUUUGUCUCUUAGUUGGAUGCCAAAAUUGGACAAAAUUGUAGAAACACUUCAAACGAGCACAGUAUUACAUCCCAAGUUCAGACUUUGGCUGAGUUCCAGUCCUACUCCGGAAUUUCCUAUAUCUAUUUUACAAGCUGGAAUAAAAAUGACAACAGAGCCACCCAAGGGAAUAAAAGCUAACAUGAAACGUCUUUACCAUUUAAUAACAGAAACUCAAUUUGAUAUGUGUGCUGCAAAGGCAAAAUAUAAGAAGCUGCUGUUUGCUCUGGUCUUUUUCCAUUCAGUGCUUCUAGAGCGAAAAAAGUUCCAACAGUUAGGAUGGAACGUCAUAUAUAGCUUUAACGACUCCGAUUUUGAGGUAUCGGAAAAUCUACUGCAAGUGUAUUUAGAUGAGUAUCUCGAAACACCGUGGGAUGCUUUAAAAUAUCUCAUAGCUGGCGUCAACUACGGAGGCCACGUAACAGAUGAUUGGGACCGUCGCUUAUUGAUGACAUACGUUCAGCAAUAUUUUUCAGUUGACUUGUUAAACACACCAUUUUAUCGCCUUUCUUCACUAUCAACCUAUUACGUUCCUCGGGAUGGAUCACUCGAGUCAUAUAGAGAUUUCAUAGCCGUACUGCCAAGUACCGAUAAGCCGGAGACUUUUGGCCAGCAUCCGAAUGCUGAUAUCACUUCUCUUAUAAAUGAAACAAAAAGCAUGUUUGAUACUCUGAUGAGCCUGCAAGUUCAAGCAGUUUCGGAAGUCGGUAGCACGAACAAGGAAGACAAGGUCAUGCAACUGGCACUGGAUAUUUUUACAAAAAUACCAAAUUGUAUUGACUACGAAACAACAGAUAAAUUGAUAGGCCCCAUAAAAACCCCACUGGACGUUGUACUGUUACAAGAAAUCAGUAGAUACAAUGCACUGCUCGCCCAAACGCGGCUGAGCUUGAGUGACUUACAACGUGCGAUAAAGGGAUUAGUUCUUAUGUCCACUGAAUUGGAAGAAAUAUUUAUCUGCAUAUAUGAAGGACGCGUUCCAACACCCUGGCUUGCAACAUAUCCUUCAUUGAAACAACUUGGUUCCUGGACAAGAGACCUCAAACAUCGUGUAGAACAUUUUUCAAAAUGGGCAGAAGCGACUCAUCCACCGAUACUGUUUUGGCUGGCAGCAUAUACUUUUCCAACUGGAUUUCUCACAGCAGUCUUACAAACGUCAGCAAGAUUGUGGAAUGUUUCAAUCGACUCUCUAUCAUGGGAUUUCACUGUUUUCUCCGUCGAUGAUAGUUCACUUGUUGAGCCACCCACGGACGGUGUGUAUAUUCGAUCGACAUACUUGGAAGGUGCUGGAUGGGACAAAAGGAUUGGGAUGUUGACUGAACCCACGCCAAUGCAACUUGUGUUUAAUAUGCCCGUCAUAUAUUUCAGACCUAUGGAAAUACUUAAGAAGAAAACAAGGGGAUUGUACAGUUGCCCUUGCUAUUACUACCCACAAAGAUGUGGUGGGCAAGGGAGAUCAUCGUUUGUUGUGGCUGUUGAUUUGAAGGCAGGACCUGAGGGACCAGAUUUUUGGAUCAAACGAGGGACUGCACUUUUAUUAAGUCUUGCCGUAUGAUUUCCUACACUGUUAUUGGUUCGGUUGAUAGAUGAAGAAAAUUAAAUUUCCCAAGGUGA